AGAUCGCUGGACUGUUUUUUCAUUUUUAGUCGCAUUGCGUUUUUAUGCCACAGGGACCCAUUUAUUACAAAUAAGUGAUUUUGGAGGAAUGCAUUAUUCUACUGUGUCUCGAAUAGUAAAACGUGUAUCCCGGGCAUUAGCUCGACAGUCUAUUAAAUUUCCACAAACCCAAGCAGAAAUAAGUCUAACAAAAAACGAAUUCUAUGACAUAGCAUCAUUCCCAAAUGUAGUGGGUGUCAUAGAUUGUACCCAUGUAAAGAUUGAAUCUCCAGGAGGUCCAGAUGCAGAAAUUUUUAGAAAUAGAAAAGGAUACUUCUCCAUUAAUGUACAAGCCGUGUCAAAUGCAGAUUAUAUGCUUACUAACUUAUUAGUUAAAUGGCCUGGCUCUUCUUAUGAUACAACAAUUUUUAAUAAUUCAAAUCUUAAAAGAAAAUUUGACAAUAAUACAAUUCCAAAUAAUUGCUAUCUUCUUGGUGAUAGUGGUUAUGAAUUACAAACAUAUUUAUUGACCCCUCUCCUUGACUCUAUUCUACCAAAGGAACAGCUUUAUAAUGAGUCACACAUUCGAACAAGAGGAAUAAUAGAAAGACUUUUUGGAAUUUGGAAAAGAAGGUUUCCUGUUAUAGCAUAUGGCUGUAGGUUGAAACUUGCUACAACUUUAGAGGUUAUCAUAUCAACAGGAGUUCUUCACAAUAUCGCAAAAAGGAUGGGUGAAGGAGAACCCCCAUUACCAGAUAAUAUUGAGGUCCAUGAAUUUCAGCAGCUUAUUAGACACGGGAAUAUUCCAGAUGUGCCCCGCCUUAAUGGGCGAAGAAAUUUAAGAGGAAUUCAUGUCAGACAAACUUUAAUUGACAAUUACUUUGCCAAUUUAUAAUUAAAAUUUACGGUAAACUUU